CGAUAUACACGUGUCUCGAAACCAUGUGCUACAAACUAGGGUAUGUUUCCGCUCGUAACUGCAAUACUACAUGUUCGUGAAUUCGAGUGUUUAUUUGGAAUAGAUCCAUUGUCCUAACAAGUAGUGGGCCCAGAACGAUUGAAACUUUUCAAAUAAACUGUCUCGCGUCUCGUAGAAGCAAAGUGAGGUUAUCUUCACGUGUCACGUCGGUUUUUUUGUAUCUCCCGAUUUUUUGAUCACGAUCUGCCCUGUGUCCGUUUUCUAUAAUAUUGUGAAACAAUGGCUACAGCGGGUGUUGUAAGAAUCGACGCAUUAACGUGGGAGAAUUAUGACAGACGGAAGAUCCAAAUGGAAGCCGCUUAUUCAGACGAACGCUUGGAAUUUCGUGAAUGUUGAUGAAAAAUCCCAUUCUGGGUCGUUACUAUGUGGCCACAAGAAAUAUUAAAGCGGGAGAAAUUAUUCUCAAAGAACAUCAGCCUCUGGUUUCCGGGCCUAUGCACAAUUCCGUCCCGGUAUGCCUUAAAUGCUAUGCAGUAUUAUAUAAAGACAUAGCAAUUCCGUGUAUAAAAUGUGGAUGGCCACUUUGUGAAAAUUGUAAAGAUCAUGGUUUGGAAUGUGACUUUACUUCUUCCCGCAGAGACAAUAAGGUAUCCAUAACAGAGUUUGGUUAUCCACAUCCAAGUUAUCAAUGUAUAAAUGUAAUAAGAACACUGUCUAUGAAAAGUAACGAUUUGGAGAAUUAUAAAAAAUUAUUGUCGCUCGAGAGUCAUUCGAAUGUACUAAAAGAAAAGGGAAUUUUCAGCUUUGAGAAACCGUCGAGCGUCGCGUCUUUUAUUAAAAGAUUUUUUAAAGCGGACGACAUUUCCGAAGAUGAGAUUAUAAACAUCAUUGGUAUUUUGCAGGUCAAUGGACACGAAGUUCCUCUCACGGAACGACCGUACAUUGCAGUUUACGAGUUGGCAUCGUUUCUCGAACAUUCCUGCAAAGCAAAUUCUUCAAAAAGCUUUACGAACGAAGGUGGGCUGAUCAUUCAUGCUGCUGUGCACAUCACAAAAGGAGAUCAUAUUUCCAUCUGUUAUACGGAUCCAUUAUGGGGUACUACGAACAGAAGGCACCAUUUGUCUGAAACAAAAUUUUUCGAUUGCAUUUGUGACAGAUGCAAAGAUCCCACAGAAUUUGGAACAAUGUUUAAUGCCAUUAAAUGCAGUGGAAUCGACUGUUCUGGUUACAUGCUGCCUGAAACCUUUCUCCAUCAAGAACAAACAGAUUAUAUAUGUUCCAUAUGUGGAUUAACAGUACCCUAUGGAAAGGUUGAAGAUAUUCUAGAAAAGAUUGGCAUGGAUCUCUCUACAAUGAAGAAAAAUGAUAUUGGCAUGUGUAAAACGUUUCUGGAUCGUUAUAAAACCACGCUGCAUCCGAAUCAUUUUUACAAUACCGAUAUAAAUAUUGCUCUAGCUCAAUUAAUCGGUCAACAAAACGGAUUAGAAGCAGUCGAAGAGGAUCUCCUCGUGAAGAAAAUUGAACUAUGCAAAAAUGUCGACAAUUUACUCAGAAUUCUUGCGCCCGCCGAAAAUCGAAUACGAGGGUUAAUUCUUUUUGAAAUGCACGCAGCCAUCGCGAAUUUCAGCAGGAGACACCCAGAAGAAGAUACUUUGAUAUUAUUGCGGGAAUCGAAGAAGUGUUUGGUUGAAGCUUACAAUUUAUUAAAACUUGAGCCGACGGUCCUUCCAGAAGGGAAAAUUGCUCACCAAGCUAAAGAAAACUUGCAAAAAACGACCGACAUUUUGAAACAUUUAAAAAUUCAGCAAUCAUAAACAAAAUUAGAUGUGCAAGUCAAGGUAAAAAUAUUUUUGUGA